ACCAAGAAACUCUCCGCUUCCUUCCGAGGUUGAACAUUCUGCGAUACACAACAGCAGGAGCCGGCACAGUAGAACAAAAGAACUGCAAAGACUCUUUUUUAUGAUGGCUUCCAUGUCGCACGUGAUCACUCUUCAUGGCGUAGCCCCUUCUAACCGUUAUUGCCGUCGUUUUUCUCACUCCAAUCCUCGCUUCAUGACAAUGGCGGUACCUACCAGAGUCGCUACGGUUAAGAGUCAAAGCUGCAAUUCCAAGUCCACCGCCGAAAUUGAUUUCAGCGACCCUGAUUGGAAUACGAAGUUUCAGAACGAUUUUGAAGACCGUUUCAGACUCCCCCAUGUCACUGAUAUCUUCCCCGAUGCUCCUUCUAUGCCCUCCACGUUCUGUCCCAAUUCGAGAACUCCCAGGACUAAUGACUUUCCGGGCAAUUAUCCUUUGGAUGAGAAUUGGCAUGGAUAUAUAAAUGACAAUGACAGAGUGCUUCUUAAGACAAUACGCUAUUCAUCACCUACAUCUGCUGGCGCGGAGUGCAUUGAUCCUGAUUGUAAUUGGGUUGAACAAUGGGUUCAUCGAGCUGGACCUCGGGGAAAGAUAUACUUUAAACCAGAAGAAGUAAAGGCCGCAAUUGUUACUUGUGGAGGGCUCUGCCCUGGUCUUAAUGAUGUCAUCAGACAGAUUGUGAUCACACUCGAAAUAUAUGGUGUAACAAAGAUUGUGGGUAUUCCUUAUGGUUAUCGUGGAUUUUCGGACCAAGAGCUGACAGAAGUUCCACUGUCAAGAAGAGUGGUUCAGAACAUUCAUCUUUCAGGUGGAAGCCUAUUAGGUGUUUCACGUGGAGGACCUGGAGUCAGUGAAAUUGUGGACAGUUUGGAGGAAAGAGGGAUCACCAUGCUCUUUGUGUUGGGUGGAAAUGGAACACAUGCUGGUGCAAAUGCAAUUCACAAUGAGUGCCGCAAAAGAAGGCUUAAGGUGUCUAUAAUUGGAGUGCCUAAAACUAUAGACAAUGAUAUUCUACUGAUGGACAAAACUUUUGGCUUCGAUACUGCGGUUGAAGAAGCACAAAGAGCAAUAAAUUCAGCAUACAUUGAGGCACAUAGUGCAUAUCAUGGAAUUGGUAUUGUGAAAUUGAUGGGUCGUGACAGUGGAUUCAUAGCAAUGCAUGCUUCCUUAGCCAGUGGACAGAUUGACAUAUGUCUGAUUCCUGAGGUUCCUUUCAACAUACAUGGACCUCGUGGAGUUUUGAGUUAUCUCAAGUACCUUAUAGAAACAAAGGGAUCUGCUGUAGUAUGUGUGGCAGAGGGAGCUGGACAGAACUUGCUUCGAAAAACUAAUGCUACCGAUGCUUCUGGCAAUACUGUAUUUCGAGACAUUGGUGUAUAUAUCCAACAAGAGACGAAAAAACACUUCAAGGAAAUUGGUGUUCAUGCAGACGUGAAAUAUAUCGAUCCCACAUAUAUGAUCCGUGCAUGCAGAGCAAAUGCUUCUGAUGGAAUUUUCUGCACUGUACUUGCACAAAAUGCUGUUCAUGGUGCAUUUGCUGGAUAUAGUGGCAUCACAGUAGGAACUUGUAACACGCACUACGCUUAUUUUCCCAUUCCCGAAGUGAUAGCUCUUCCCAAGUUAGUGGACUCUAACAGUCGAAUGUGGCAUCGAUGCUUGACUGCAACGGGCCAACCCGAUUUCAUUUGAUUCAAGCUUCCAUAGAAUGACAGCUUCAAAAACCCAACAUCAUCAUCGUAAGCGGAAAUAAUACUGAGGAGGAUGUCGUUUUCUUCAUUCAAAUUGUUUCAUUGUACAGCAUUGCAAAUUCAUAGUUCUUCUUUCAUCUGCAUUCAAAACGAAAUUUGAGAGGAAUGACCAAAGCAUUGUUUGCUUCAUUUUUCACCAUUUGUUGUAAGUAUAGAGUAUUCUAAGAACAUUCCUAGUGGAAGUUUAUUCAAUGUGUUUCAAGACAUGCCAAUAAUGGAAUUCAGUGAGUAUAGCAGUC